AUUACAGAAGGAAAAAGAGCAUGUGCAAGUGCAACGGUGAUAAGCGUAUUCUAGACAAAGACACGCGUAUCAACCCAACACUUGUCAUCUUCAGAGUCCCUAUAUAAACCCCUUCACACACACCUCUCUUCAUUAUUCUUCAAAGCUCCCACUAAAACCUAUUAAGAGAGAAAGAUAUAUACAGAGAGAGAUCAUGGACGGUAGGGGAGGUUGUUGCAUAGCCAGAUAUGGUGGUUACGGUGGUCGCUACGGUCUCUCCAAAGCAGAUCGAAUCAUGCUUCGUUUUCGUCCCAUUGCUCCUAAACCGGCCAGCGACGGUGGAAGUGUCUCUCUCACCGGGAAGAGCGGCUCCACCACAACUACAAGUGGUGGAAGCUCCGAUCUCUCAGGUAAAUCUGGGAGAGGAAAGAGAAAGUAUCAAAAAGAUUGUUCCGGUGGGAACUCCCGAAGGUGCAAUAAGAAGAAGAGAGAUCUAAGUGGAGACACUGCUACUACCACGGCGGUUACAUUGUCUCUUUUACCAGAGACGCCUGAGAAACGAGUUUUUCCAGAUCUGAAUGCUUUUCCGGUGGAGAAGCAGAAGCGAAACGGUCCUUUAUGGCUGAGUUUCAACGGCGGUGGUGAGAUUUUAACGCCGUACAAAACGGCGGAGAUAUCACGAAGGACGGUGGUGGUUUCGUCGUGUGUGACGGUUGAGCGUGUGACUGACGCUUGGAUCGACGGUUAUGGAUUAGGGGAGACAAAUCAGGAGAGGAAGAUGAAUCUAGUGGAAGACACGUGUCCUGGUUUUAUAUCGGACGGUGUAGGGAGAGUCACGUGGACCAAUGAGGCGUAUAAGAAGAUGGCUAGAGAAGAUAUUAAUAUUCCGAUGGAGGAAGGUGUACCGGAGGAUAUUAGUUACGAUAAUUUUCACGUGAACGUACGGUUAGUGAUGAAGGAGAGGCCGAUGCUAACGUACCCAGCUUUCACAUGCAGAGUGAGAUUACAGUACACGUGUCAAGAUCGAGAAAGAGGAUCCGUCACGGUGCCUUGUGACGUGUGGAGAAUGGACGGCGGUGGUUUUGCGUGGAGGCUUGACGUUAAGGCAGCUUUGUGUCUGUGACGUUCUUUCAUUCGCCACCGUUGGAUUUACAAUGGUGAAAAUGAUGAAUGGUCCCGAUCGUAUCGUAUCACACAUGGCCCUUCGUAGAACUAAAAAUAUAGCAAGUGAUAAACUUUGGUUAUUUAAUUUUCACCUUGAACAUAUGUUUCUGUGUUUUAUUUUUUAGUUUGCUUUCUUCUUUAGUUAGUAUUUUGUUUAUAAAAUGCUGUUUUCUCUAAAUUGCUAAUCUCAAAUUUAUGUUUUUUUUUGUUUUGCUUAAAAAUUUCAAGAAAGUUGUAUAUAUGU